AUCGACGGUGUUAUCGUUAUUACUCACAAUAAAGAUCUCAUUCGUAGUAUCAAGUAGUUUUAUAUGAAACAAAGUUGUGAAAUAUUAUUUACAAGUAACAAAUAAACUAUCGACUAAUACUUAUUUCACGGUGUGUUAGUGAAGUUGACACGGAGUUUAGUGCGGUAGAGACAAAUAACUUUUUGCCAAGUUAUAAGUAGGUACGUAACACUGACGUGGUGUGGUGAUAACGUAUUUAUGUGUGACAGUGUAAAGUACUAACAUUAUGCAAAUGACAAAAAUGGAGUCAAGCACGUAUCACCAGAUUGGACAGAGCUCCAAUGUGAGCGAGAUAGAGUUGGACCUGCUACAGGUCGGUUCUGAGCCAGUGGGCAUUCGCUGCCCCCACUGCCAAGAAGAUAUCAUGACCAGGGCCUCAUACAAGAAUGCAAGGAUCACGCAUAUUGUUGCCGUUAUUAUGGGAAUCCUCUUUUGGUGGCUGUGUUGCUGUAUUGCACCAUAUUUGGUGAAAAGGUGGAAAAAUGUGGAACACCAUUGCCCAAGAUGCAAGAAGUUUCUUGGAGUUUAUACUAGAACUUCAAUUAUUUGAGUAAACUUAAAUUAUUUUUCUAUUAAGUUUAAAAUAGGUCUGUUACUACAUACAAGUACUUAGUAACCUAAGUUCAUUCAGUACCCUCCGAAGUAAGCAAAGUACAUAUUUAUUUAUACAGAAUUAUGUUUUAUCAAAAACGUUUAGGAAAGUAGGUACAGGCUACCUACUUAUAUUAUUAUUUUUAAGUAUUUUACCAACAGAUAGGUAUAACAGCAGUGAAAACAAUAUUAUAGAGUCGAAUAGUAAUUAAUCGUACAUAAUACCUAGAUUUGCAGAUACCUACAUAUAUCUGAAAAUCUUUUUUCAUGUAGACUAUCUACCGUGUAUAGUUUUUUAACAUCUAUGAAAGUAAAAAUAUGAUUGUAGUUUAAAUAUUUUAUUUCCUUUCCAUAAAGCUUGUAAUCGUUUACAGUCGUUUGCAUACUUAACAAUUAAUAAGUUUUACAAAAAACUUAUAACUAUUUUAACUAUUUACAUA